AUUCUGCCAGCCGCGGCUGCCGCUGGAGCCGGUGUCCGGGCUGGUGAUGGGGUUAAUUCCCUUUCGUAAGACUCUAACUUGCACCCACCCAGCCCCGCAGUCGCCCUGCCGUGCCGCGCUCCAAACGCCUCCUCCUCCUCCUCCUCCUCAGUAACGCGGAUAUGUAUGCCACUGUCUUCAAGAAGCUCAUGACUUCUGGGGAUCCACGUGAGUCAAAAUUGUCAUAUUGCCACUGAAAGGUAUGGUAUAUUUUAUCCACCACAGUACAUUUCAGUCCAGGAAUCUACAGUGGUGACAAGGACAUGGGACUCCUCCUGCCAGAUUCCAGACGGUUCAGUACAAUUGACAUCCUGGCUGACAACUGUGAAAAAGAACCUUGGAUUAUUUUAUUUUAUUUUUGUGGGAUACCACAAUCCAAAAUCCAUAGGACACAUCAGGCUUCAAGUUCCCUAUAGAAUUCUAAAAUAACCUUUGCUGAUGAGGAUGUCUGAUACUGUUAAUACAAAAAAUGAAACUGAAGCAAUGAAGGAUUUGGAGGUGGAAGUAGAAGAUACAACCAGAGUUGAAAAUCUUACCAAAUCAGAGAACUAUGGGAAGAUUUUGGCAGAGAAGAAUGAACAUUGUAUUGACAACAAUAUUGAUUUUCAGCGGCCAUUGCAGUCAUUUGGACAGACAGGAAAAAGGUCUAAGUCAAGCUCAAAGUUAAAGCUAGUUCGGAGCCUUGCAGUGUGUGAAGAAUCUCCACCACCCCCUACAGCAGAGCUAUCACAGGAGAACCAGGAGAAAAUUCAGACCCAGUUAACACAAUCACUUGAAAAAGAGGAGAAGCCCUCAAAAGAUGAAGCAGAAAAAGAAAAAGCCAGUGAUAAGUUGCCCAGAAAAAUGUUAUCAAGAGAUUCUAGUCAAGAAUACACUGAUUCAACUGGCAUAGAUCUACAUGAAUUUUUAGUAACUACAUUAAAAAACAAUCCCAGGGACAGAAUGAUGCUGUUGAAAUUGGAACAAGAAAUUUUAGAUUUCAUUGGUAAUAAUGAGUCUCCACGUAAGAAAUUUCCCCCAAUGACAUCUUACCAUAGGAUGCUGUUACACAGAGUAGCCGCUUAUUUUGGGUUAGACCACAAUGUUGAUCAGAGCGGGAAGUCUGUCAUAGUAAACAAAACUAGCAAUACAAGAAUACCUGAUCAGAAAUUUAAUGAACAUAUUAAGGAUGAUAAAGGUGAAGACUUUCAGAAACGGUAUAUCCUCAAGAGAGAUAACUCUAGCUUUGACAAAGAUGAUAACCAGAUAAGAAUACGUUUGAAAGAUGACAGAAGAAGCAAAUCUAUAGAAGAAAGAGAAGAGGAGUACCAGAGAGCUAGAGACCGUAUAUUUUCCCAAGAUUCCCUGUGUUCCCAAGAGAAUUAUAUUAUUGACAAAAGAAUCCAAGAUGAGGAUGCUAGUAGUACUCAGCAGAGGCGCCAGCUAUUUAGAGUUAAUAAAGAUGCUUCAGGGAGAUCAACAAAUAGCCAUCAGAGCAGCACUGAGAAUGAGUUGAAGUGCUCUGAACCGCGACCCUGGAGCAGCACAGAUUCAGACAGCUCUCUCCGCAACUUCAAGCCUGCUGUGACCAAAGCCAGCAGCUUCAGUGGAAUUUCAGUCCUGACAAGAGGUGAUAGUUCUGGAAGCAGCAAAAGCAUAGGCAGGCUUUCAAAAACAGGUUCUGAGUCUUCUGGUAGUGUAGGGUCAUCUACGGGCUCUCUUUCUCACAUCCAGCAGCCUCUUCCAGGUACAGCUCUCAGCCAGUCUUCUCAUGGCGCACCUGUCGUCUAUCCAACUGUCAGCACUCAUAGUUCUCUUUCCUUUGAUGGUGGCCUAAAUGGGCAAGUUGCAUCUUCUAGCACUAGCUUCUUUUUGCUUCCCUUGGAAGCGGCAGGCAUACCACCUGGCAGUAUUCUGAUCAACCCACAAACAGGUCAGCCCUUCAUAAACCCAGAUGGGAGUCCAGUUGUGUAUAAUCCUCCUAUGAGUCAACAACCAGUUAGAACCCAAGUGCCUGGACCUCCACAGCCACCUCUGCCACCCCCACCACCUCAACAGCAAGCAGCUAAUCACAUUUUCUCACAGCAAGAAAUGGACAAGAGGAAUAAAACGAAACUAAGACUGUUCAUUAUCCCACCUGUCCUCUGCAGUCCUGUUCCACAACCUAUUCAAUACUCUACAACCCCUUAUCCAUCCCCGCUCCUGCCAGUCUCACCCACCCAGCAGCACUUCGUGGACAACCUUGGGUCUCAGUUCAGCCACAUGAGUCUUGCCCGCCAGCCAUCUGCAGAUGGUUCAGACCCUCAUGCUACCAUGUUCCAGUCCACCGUUGUUCUUCAGUCCCCACAGCAGUCUGGUUAUAUCAUGACUGCAGCUCCGCCACCACCACUACCGCCACCGCCUCCGCCACCUCCUCCUCCUCCACCUCCUCCUCCACCUCCCUUACCACCUGGGCAGCCAGUCGCUACUGCUGGCUAUUCUGCUUCUGGUCAUCCUGUCAGUCAGCCUGUGCUCCAGCAGCAGGGGUAUAUCCAGCAGCCCUCACCACAGGUGCCAGCCUGUUACUGUGCUCCAGGCCACUAUCACUCCAGUCAACCUCAGUAUCGCCCAGUCCCUUCUGUCCAUUACAAUUCACAUCUAAACCAACCACUGCUACAGCCUGCACAGCACACAGGUUAUCAAGUUAUGCCCAACCAGCAGCAAAACUACCAAGGAAUAGUUGGACUUUCACAACCCCAGAGUCAGACCCUCAUUGGUGGCCAACCCAAUGGCAUUGGAAAUCAGAUUCAAGGAGUGGUCAUCCCCUAUCCUUCAGUGCCAACAUAUCAGGUUUCACUGCCUCAAGGUUCCCAAGGAAUUGCCCAUCAGACUUAUCAACAGCCCGUUAUUUUCCCUAAUCAGUCUAAUCAAGGAUCUAUGCCCACAGCAGGAAUUCCAGUUUAUUACAGUGUCAUUCCACCUGGCCAACAAAAUAAUUUAAGUUCCUCAGUAGGUUACUUACAACAUACAGGAUCAGAACAAGUACAGUUUCCUCGAACUACUUCACCGUGCAAUUCCCAGCAGCUUCAAAGCCACCAGUGUUCAGCUGUGCCACCCCCACCACCUGGCGGAGGUAUGGUGAUGAUGCAGCUUAACAUACCAAACAAUCCACAGUCUCGUGCCCACUCACCCCCACAGUGGAAACCAAACAAAUAUUACUGUGAUCACCCGAGAGGACAGAAGUGUGUGGAAUUUAGCAAUGUAGAGAAUAUAGUUCAGCACAGCCCUCAACUCGGUAGUCCCAUUAUUUCACCAGCUCAGUCGCCAGCACCAGCUCAGCUAUCCACCCUGAAAACGGUUCGUCCGUGUGGACCACCACUUUCCAUCAUACCCCAGUUUUCUAGACCUUUUAUCCCUGGGCAAGGAGAUGCUAGAUAUCCAUUACUUGGCCAACCACUGCAGUACAAUCCUCCUGCUGUUCUGCACGGACACAUUCCAGCCCAACAGGGUCAGUCUGGCAACAGGCAUGGAAACCGAGGAAGGAAACAAGCUAAAAAAGCUGCGUCCACUGACUUUGGUGCAGGAGAAGCAGUUAUUGGGAAAGUCUUGGAAAUUACUGAACUACCCGAUGGAAUAACUCGCAUGGAAGCUGAGAAGCUUUUUGGGGAACUCUUUAAAAUUGGCGCCAAGAUACGGUGGCUGCGGGACCCCCAGUCCCAGCCACGUCGUCACCCCCUCUGCUGUGGCAGCGGGGACAACACUGUCAAUUCUGAACACUCUAAACCCAGUGACUUGGCCUCCACAUACACUGUCUUAGCCACAUUCCCUUCCAUUUCAGCUGCGCAGAAUGCAUUGAAGAAACAAAUUAACUCAGUUAACAAAUUUAAACUGAGAACAAGCAAGAAGCACUAUGACUUUCAUGUUUUGGAAAGGGCAAGUUCUCAGUAACAGAGCCACCUUGGACCCUUGGCCUUUAUGAUUCCCCUGUCUUCUCUCAUCUUUAAUUGGCUUGGUACUUGGAGCUUCUGUUAAUAUGAUAGAGAUUCCUAGGAUAUGUGGUCAUGGCGUAACAGCUUUUAAAGACAGGCCAAUGUUCCAGCAAAGGGGGGAGUAUACACACUCACCCCAAAUGACUGUAGGAAUCCACAUCAGAAUGAUACAGAGUUAGCAGCUUUCUCUGAGGAAAUGCUGUUUAAAUGCCUCCUAACUUUUAUAGUUAUUUUGUUUUAUAUUUCUGAAUUCUUGUAUCAGAUCCAAAGCUCUAUUGUACAGCAAAUUCUUCUUCAAAAUUAUUACAAUCAGUUGCAACCUGUAUUUCAUUUUUUGCAGCCAGCACAGUGUGAUCCAACAUAAAAUUUGGGGGGAAAAGAAUACAGGAGUAGAAUAACCAAGUCAGAACCAUGUGCUGUCCUUUCAAGGGGCUGAAGGGUGACCAAGGAGAGCCCACAAAUAGAUUACUCUUCCCCUGUGUCUCUGAACACAGAAAAUUUCCAAAAAAUACAGAAUUCCUUCAUUGGGUCCUUUCCUCAUUUGUUUAGGCAGUAUGACCAUUUAGUGUAAAUUAAAUUAUGUUAUCUUUAAGGCCUCUUAAUCAAACCACUUAGACUCAAAGGGGAAUAGGAAUCAUUCUAGGCAGGAAAAUACUUCCACAUUUUUUUAAUGUCCUUCUGAUAACUAAAUGCCACUGUUUGCAUUUCCCUCCUUGUGGCUGUUUGGUCACCUAAGUACAUGCAUUUGAUGAGUGCUGGAAACUUAGGCAGUUUAAAAUUUGUUAUUGUUUGCAGCAGAUCACUGGACAUCAAAGAUUCAUUGCGCUUAUGAACAAGGAACCUUUUUUUCAAUUUCUGUGUAAUUUGAAAGGCUGUACAAUGUGUGCUGAUACAAGCCUUUUUCAGUUCAAGAGAAUAAAUGUUUACAAAUAUAUAUCCACUUUGUCUUUUGUAAAUUA